UCUUGUUUGUGACCUUUGACGAUAAUGGGGCGACAAUCCACAGCAGAGCCGCAAUACUUCAGUCCAAAAGUGGACUAUGCCGUCAUACUGGGAAAAUUGAAGGAGGACUUUACUAGAAAGUAUGCUCGCAAUACGCCAUCACCAUCAAUUGGUCUCGAUAACUACGUGAUUAAAUCGACUUUGGGUGCUGGCUCCUUUGGAAAGGUACAGCUCAUUAAAGAGAAGGACACUGAUAACUAUUAUGCCUCGAAACAGCUGAGCAAGGAUCAGAUUGUUAAGACCAAGCAGGUUAUUCAUGUGAUGAGUGAGAAACGCGUCUUGAAUUCAAUACGUUUCCCCUUUACCAUACACUUGAUAGCCUCCUUUAAGGACAACGACAGUCUGUAUCUAAUUAUACCUCUCAUUCUGGGAGGUGAACUCUUCACCUAUCAUCGCAAAGCACGUAAAUUCUCGGAGAAGCAGGCUCGUUUCUAUGCUGCACAGGUAUUUCUGGCUCUGGAGUAUCUACAUUAUUGCAGUCUACUCUAUCGUGAUCUCAAGCCAGAGAACAUUAUGAUUGAUAGGAAUGGUUAUUUGAAAGUCACCGACUUUGGCUUUGCAAAGAAGGUGGAAACACGAACCAUGACUUUGUGCGGCACGCCUGAGUAUUUGCCACCUGAAAUUAUUCAAUCGAAACCCUAUGGUACUAGUGUGGACUGGUGGGCCUUUGGUGUACUUAUCUAUGAAUUUGUGUGUGGUCAUUCGCCCUUUGCCUCCCAUAAUCGUGAUGUCAUGGUGAUGUACAAUAAGAUCUGUGAGGGCGAAUACAAAAUGCCCAGUUACUUGUCUGGAACAUUGCGUCAUCUGAUCGAUCAUCUAUUGCAAGUUGAUCUAUCAAAACGCUAUGGCAAUUUAAUUGGCGGCAACAGAGAUAUCAAGGAUCACGAGUGGUUCAAGGAUAUUGAAUGGAUUCCGCUGCUCAAUCAAACUGUUCCCGCGCCUUAUCUCCCCGCCAUUUCAAAUGCCGAGGAUAUUUCCAACUUCGACAAAAUGUCCGAGGGUAAGCAGAAGGCCAAGGCUAAAACAAUGCGACAUGAAGAAGCCUUUGCAGAUUUCUAAUCAAGUUUCGAGAUUAUAUAUUAGUUGAAAAAUU